AUGGUUAAAAGUGCUGGAAAUUAUUUAAACCUUUACACGGUUUUUACCGUAACGUUCCUUUUUAUUUUCAAAAAUAAAUUUGUAAUUGCUAAUAUAAUGGGCAAUGUUUUGCUAAAUUGCCAAUUUUUUAAAUAUAAAAAGCUUAAAAGUAAUUUUGCUUUACGUAAAACCUUUUUGUUUUCGAAAUUGUCGGAAAUUUGCGGGGCUUUUUUGGUAUUUUGUUCCGGUAACUUAACGGCCCUUUCUAACGUGCUUAACGUAACGUUAAGCGUUAUUAUAAGCGGUGCAAAAUUGCAAAUGCCUUUUUUAAAUUUGUUCGAUCCUUUCCGGUAA